AUGGGUAUUCUCGAAAAAAUUUCAGAAAUUGAGAAAGAAAUAUCUAGAACACAGAAAAAUAAAGCAACCGAGUAUCACCUUGGCUUACUGAAGGCAAAACUAGCAAAAUACAGGCUACAACUUUUAGAGCCUUCAAAGUCUGGUGGGGCAAAGGGUGACGGUUUUGAUGUUAUGAAAUCUGGAGAUGCAAGAGUUGCAUUGAUUGGAUUUCCUUCAGUGGGUAAAUCAACAUUAUUAAAUAAACUUACAAAGACUCAUUCUGAGGCUGGCGCAUAUGAAUUUACUACAUUAACCUGUAUACCUGGAAAAAUCGAAUAUAAUGGAGCGAAUAUUCAAUUAUUGGAUUUGCCUGGUAUUAUUGAAGGAGCUGCUCAAGGGAAAGGAAGAGGAAGGCAGGUUAUUUCUGUCGCAAGAACAGCAGACUUAAUUUUAAUGAUGCUAGAUGCAACAAAAAGUAAUCAACAACGUAUAUUAUUAGAACGUGAAUUGGAAAUCGUUGGGAUUCGAUUGAAUACAGAAAAACCUAACAUAUAUUUUAAAGUUAAGAAAGGCGGUGGAAUCGGCUUCAACGCUACUGUUAAAUUGACAUAUUUGAAUGAAAAAAUGAUUUUCAAUGCUGAAGUACUGGUUCGUGAAGAUGUUACUGUUGAUGAAUUUAUCGAUGUUGUGUUGGGUAACCGUAAAUACAUUAAAUGCCUUUAUUGCUAUAACAAGAUCGACUCAAUAACUUUGGAAGAAUUGGAUCGUUUGGCACGUGAACCAAAUACUAUUGUUAUUAGUUGUGAGAUGGACUUAAACCUUGAUUAUCUUGUUGAACAAAUCUGGAAGUAUCUUAGUUUGUUAAGAAUAUAUACAAAGAAACGAGGAGAAUAUCCUGAUUUUGAAGGUGGGCUUAUUGUUAGGAAAGGUGCCACUGUUGAGCAUGUGUGUCAUGCUAUCCAUCGAUCUUUAGUUGAAGAGUUUCGAUAUGCUCUUGUUUGGGGCACAUCAACAAAACAUAACCCGCAAAGGGUUGGGUUAUCACAUGUUAUGGAAUAUGAAGAUGUUAUUCAAGUCGUGAAAAAGAAAUAG